CAUCUGUCAGGUCCCGAUACGGUCGCUCACUCCCCAUCCCUCCCAGCCAACCGCGAUGGAUUGACGUAUCCCAGUGCCUGAAGCUUUGUCAACAGGUGACCCUGACAGCCCUAUAAAGAAGGCUCCGCGCGGCGGAGCUGUACUUUAGCACCAUGGAGAGCUCUCGAGCGCUCGCGUUGCUGGGAGCCGCUUUGGUGCUGCUUCUGGGAGUUAGCGGGCAGGAAGAGACGGAGCUUCAGCCGCGAGCCCUGGACCUCUAUUCCGCCAUGGAGGACACGUCCCAUGAGAAGGAACUGAUCGAGGCUCUGCAAGAGGUCCUGGAGAAGCUGAAAAGCAAAAGGCUCCCUCAUUAUGAGAAGAAGUAUGGCCAAGUUCCUAUGUGUGAUGCUGGAGAGCAGUGUGCAGUGAGAAAAGGAGCCAGGAUUGGGAAGCUCUGUGACUGUCCCAGAGGAACAACUUGUAACACUUUUCUGUUGAAGUGUUUGUAAAGAAGUACCCCCUCCCUGAACCACUGGAGAACAAAGAAGGAUCCAGAUGCCUUGCCUAAGAAGUAAUGCCUGUGAUACC